AUGUCACGCUUCACCUGGACGGUCACUCGCCCCAGGGAGCGCCGCUGUUCUUAUCGUCUCGAAUGGGAGACGGAGGACCAGGCUCUGGCUCUGGUUCAGGCUUCGUUGUUUCAGCUCAUGGCUGCCAGCCAUCGCUUUGAUUUGUACCCGGCCCACCUCCUAUAUCGCCGAGCCACUUUUGUGGACACGAUUGAGGAUCAAGUCUUUCGGGGAAUCAUCGCACCCGAUGACGCUGAUGCGGAGGUUGACGCUCAUUGCGCUCGGGCUUAUGAGUCGGCUUUCAAAGUUCAACAGUCCAUCAUUGCCCAAGUCAGCACUUCAAUUGCACGAGUUCCCGCUGAGCGGAUCAGCAGCAUUGUCACACUGCCCGGUGACUUGGUGGCUUGGGCUGCCCCAUACGUUGACCGGUGUUUGGGGAACACUCUUGUAAUGGAGCUGACCUACGCCUCGCAAAUUGCUUUUGAUCAGCAAGACCGUCGCCAGUGGACGACCAAGCACGAGCUGUCCACGCAAUGCUUGUCACCAGCAUUGCGCAUGGCGCAACACUUCGUCAAUCAACUGUAUGACAAGGACAGAGAGCAAGCUACCGCAGAGUCGCCUGAAGCUGCACGCGCUCUUGCGCACUGGAUGCAUGAGAAGGACAUCUCUGACUCACUUCCCCCAGCGCUCAUGACUGCCGCCACCACCUCGCGCUCAGCUGCACGGUGGGACUAUGCUCUCUUCGAGAAACGUCAUGUUGGCAACGACUGCACAGGUGGGUGCGAGGAGGCAGACCAAGGCAGGCCACAUGCCUUUGCGUGUUUGGCAUCCGCUUCCCAACCUGCCUCAUGCCGAAGCUGACAUUAACCCUUCUCUACACCUCUUGCACGCGCUUGCGGCCCUCAGAUGCGAGCAUUGUUGCUCUUGUAGAGGUGAAGCAAUGGGUACCCCCGUCCCUCCUUGUCGAUUUGCUGCAGCUGGCCAAUCGACCAAUCCCUGCAAGAGGUCUUGGUGUGACUUUGCAGGAUGGCUGUGUUGAUGGGGUUGCCGAGCGCUUGCUGGCCCAAGUCGUCCGAUACUGCUACGACACGGGCGUCAGAACGGGGGCAAUCCUUACAGGAUCUAUGCUGAUGGUUAUCGACGUGGAUGGAGAUGCGUCAGAGGCAAUGCAAAUCACCUUGCGAACACCGAUCAUUGUGGCCCCUAGCGCUCGUGAGGUUGAAGCAAGUCUUCCUCGGCCCGCUUUUGAGUCAAGGUACAGCAUGCUUGCGCAGCUUGUCGCGUUCACACUUCAUGCAAUGGACCGUGCCCAGCGCCUCGGGCCACGUCCACCUCCCAGGGAUACGACGCGGAUGGUCGCAGCGUGGGUCAGACAGCACUCUCCAAUCCAGCAAGUAUCAUGGCCCCAAGGUCAGGUUCAGCCUGGACCUGUCACGCGGUCGCGCACAGCUUCUGCUGACCAGAAUGGUGGCCGCAGGUCUUACGAGGAUAGAGCAGUCCUUGCCAAAGAUCCGGGCCACGACGUUGCGAGAUUGACACAAGCUGUCUUCAUCGUCGACCGGCCUCUGUUUCGUGGAUUGUGUGCAACUGUACACAGCGCCUCGUGCGAAGGCGCGGCUCAAGAGCUUCUUGCAAAAGUUUAUCGGCGGCCGCACCCAGACGAGGUGUACUUUAUGGACUUCACCGAGGAUCGAAUCGACGAGGUGCAGCUCGAAUCGAUUGCACGUCAUGAGGCCACGAUUUACGGACUUCUCUGGCCUGUGCAAGGUACUUGCGCGCCUCGCCUCCUGGCCACGCUUUCACGUCAGCCCGAUCAUGGGACAAGUGAACAAGAGCCAAGCGCAGAGUCCUGCUGCACAACAACUACACUACCAGCGUCCAGCAUCAGCUCGCCAGGGUCCUCCAAGGAGCUUGGUGCCAACACACCUGCCCCCAGCGUGGGAGUGCAUGCACUGUUACUUGAGGAUGUCGGCAAGCUUCUGGCCUCUCACACUUUGGAAGAUUUGCAGCAUACACUUGCGACCUGCGGCAACACACAGGCACUUUCCAGCAGCUCCUCAAAAGAAGUGCAAGAUAAAGUUGUUGGCGCCAUCCAAGCUGUCUUUGUGCAUUCUGCUCAACAAAUACACAGAUGUGGUGUCCUCCACCGAGAUAUAGCCGCGAGGAAUAUGUGUCUCAGAGUGGUCAAUGGGACGUUGCAAGGCGUCUUCAUAGACUUUCACAUGGCCUGUCCUGUAAACACGUUCGACCAGCCCAAGGAAGCUUUCGAGCAAGAAAUAAAGAACGUCAGCGACGAGGUAGAACGUACGCUGCUAAGGCUCUUCAAAGAGAAGGCGAAGCACUAG